UGCGCUGCGCUGGUCUUGCAAGCAAGCAGAUCCAGGCAGGACAAACGCAGGUGGGGACAGAGACGUGUCCUCUCGGGAGAUGGACUGCAGAGGAGAUGGACUUCUGCACCUCCCUGACUCCAAGGAGGCCCCGAGCAGAUCAGAGUCCAUUUGCACCGAAGACUUGGCCGCCGAGUUCCACAAAGGUCUGGUAGAUUUGCUGCUGAGCUCCGAUGAGGAUGAGGCACCUUCUGGUCUCGUGUCAGGUCCCAAAGACGUGAGGCCAACCACAUCCAGUGUCACCGUCUUGUCCGAGAUGGCUGUUCCUGGUCCAACUUUCAGAUCUCUGCACCCUGCUUUGGAUCCUCACAGAUUGGACUCGGCAAGCAAGCAGGUGCCAGCAGAAGCGUCCAAGGAGAAACGGAGCCAAGAAUUGUCUCCUCAUUCCAGAGAAGGUCCACUCCAGAGUCUUAGUCAACAUGGAGUCAAGAACAUCGUGUCUCUAGGAGAAAAAAGGUCUGUCAAGAGCUCCAGUGGAACCGAUAUAGGAAGAGGAGACCAGGUGUGGAAGAGGAACCAUCACGCCAGGCUCCAGAGCUCAAGAGAAGAAGAGGAGUUCUCCAGGAAAAGUGGAUUCCUGGAAUUAGGAGGAAAAGGACUAGAGCGAUCUUCUGAACCAAAACAGAACAUCACUAGAAGCUCAAAGCACCAGUUGGUCGUUGGAGAUCCUCUAUCGUCCUGGCAAAGGACCAGAAGAACCACAUCAAAAAUUAGAGUCCCGCCGAGGAGAGCAGAGGUCAGCCACCCUGAGAAGACCUCAUCGGACCACCCAGGAGGAGGAGAGCCCCUUGGAGGAUGCUGCAGAAAUCACUUGCUACCUCUCGAUGGAGAAGAUCAAGGGAUCCUCCUGCUUCGCUCUCUCUAUCCUCCAAAAGCCAAAUUCCUUGGUGGAAAGGACAGGCUGUCUCCGUCUGAACUGGGAACGGAUCCUGGAAUCAUUUGUGAUCCAAGAGAAGCUCGGAAGACUCCAGAGUUGGCCAGAAGACUCAGGGAGGCCUGGGCUGUGGCUUUGAGCACUGAAGUCCAUGGUGAAGUUCCAGAGAGGGGAGAAACUGAUGGCCACAAUGUGAAGAAGAAAUCCCGGCUGCCACCAAGGGAUCCAUGGAGGUCCUCGAGUUCCAGCGUCUCCGAUGCAGAUGGAGAGGGGUUUGCACAGCUGAUCAGCCAAAGCAGGAGGACUUCUGGCAACUUCAGGAGGUGGGCUCCCAACUGGAAGGAAGCCACGGCAGGAAACUACAAGCUAAACCAGCAUGUGGCUCUGGAGCUGGAAAAUUUUCAGGUAGCCCUAAAGGAGCGCCAGGAGCUGGCAAGGAAACUGGAGUUGCAAAUGGAAGAACAUCAGGAUAAAGUGGAGAAGGCCAGGGCUGAUCUGGUACUGCUGGAAUAUAAGCGGGAGAUCUGCCUGAAGGAAGUCGCGGAACUGGAGCAAGAGCUCAGCGUCCUCAGGCGGCAGGGCAGGCAGUACGGGGCCCUGCAGGUGGAGGUGUCCCGUCUGAUCAGGGAGCGAGAAGAGCUGAGGGACCAAGUGAGCUGCUUAGAAGACCAGCUGUCUUCUCUGAAGCUCCAGCUGAAGAGUUCUAGAGCCAGGUUGUCCUCCGUGGAGGAAAUGGCCCGUGAGAAGACCAAGCUGUUUCAGGAGGCUCUGCUGUCCAAAAAGGAUCUGGAAAUCGCCAGGAUGCACGAGACCCUCUCAAGCUUGGCGGCGGAAAAGGAAGCCCUGGAUGGCAUCGUCAGGAGCCUGAAAGAGGAAAACCAGCACCAGCUGAAGCAGCUUCAACAGGAGGCAUUCUGGGAAAAGGAGAAAGAGCUCUGCAAACUAAGAGAAGAGAUGGCGCUGCAGGAGAAGCAAGCUUUACAAGAGUGUGCUGAGAGCUCAGAAGUGGCGAAGGCCAGCGCUCUUCGGGAACAAGCUGUCACCUUCCAGAAGGAAAUUGAAGGUCUACAAAAGAUCCUAAAGGAGCGAGAGGCAGAAGCCAUCCAGCAGAUGGAAGCUACGCAGAAGCAGGCAGCGGCCCUGAAGGUGGAAGCCCAGGAGAUGGUGCAGAAUGCGUUGCUCCAAGAGCAGAAAAAAUGGGAAGCCAACGCCCAGGCGGCCCUCCAGAUGCAGCGGGAAGUCCUGGGGGAACACGACCGGAAGAGGCGGGUGGAUCUCCAAAGAGCCCUGGAGAAAGAAAGGAAACUCAACGGUGCUUUGCGGAAUGAAGCAGCUGACCUCCGUCAGAAGAUCGAAGGCUUGGAGAACCAGACCCUUUUGUUGGAAGAGGAGAAACGAGCCAGCCUGGAAGAACUCCAGGUUGAGCUACGGAAGGAAAAGGACGAAGCUCUCCAGAGGUUGCGAGAAGAGCUGGAGCAGGAAAGGAUGCAAGAAAGAGAAGAAAUGAGAACGAAGCUACAACAGAUGGAAGAAGGAGGAGAACACCUACAAGCGGAAUGCAGCCGGAUGUCCCUCCGGGAACGGGAAGCUCAGGCCCAGGCUGACCGGAUGGAUCAUUUUUGGGCCACUCAGGUCACCUUAGCAUGUCAGCAGCUGAAGGCACUCCUUCCUGAGAAGGAAACCGUGCUGCCUCACCUGUUGUGCAGGGGUGCCCUUCCUCUCUCCUCUGGCGCCGCCCUCCAGGACCUGCGAAAGAUGAAGGAAGAAAUUCAGAGUUACAUCCAGGAUCUCAACCACGAGCUUGAGAGGCAAAGGCAGCGUAUUUUCCAGAUCCAGAGAGAGAAGGAGGUGGAGUUGAGGCAACAGAAAGAGCAGCUUCACCUGGAGAGCCGGUCCUUUCUGGAAGCCCUGAACGAGCAGCUGGUCCAGGAACACAUGAGUGACAUCCUCACGCUGCAGCGCAGCUGGUUGAAGGAAGGACAGGAGAGAGACAAGGCCAGGUUGGGCCCAUCACCAGAAGAGAGAGUUGGCGAGUUGCGUGCAGCCCAGAAGAAGGUGGCUUGUGGGAAGGCAGAUCACACACCCAUCAACCAACCGAAGGAGGGACUGGAUCCGGAGCCAGAGGGAUGUUUAUCCAGCAGUUCCUGCAAGAAUCUGGCAACUCCUGGGUCAGAAGAAGGAAGACCUUUCCCUACGGGAUGGAGCCAAUUAUGCCACCCAUCGGGCACUCUCUGCUCCUCCUCCCUGGGCGCCAGCCAGAGCCUCCCGGCCAACGGAGGUGUGCAGCAUCAUUUGCAAAACCGGAUCCGGAAGCUACGGGCAGAGAACGGUGGUUAUUUGGGGGGGCAGCCUGGGCACCCCAGGGAGCUUCCACGAAGGUUGGGUAAGCCCUGGAUCCACCCCGAGAAGAAAGUGGGGAAAGAGGAGGCUUUGUUCGUUCCAUCCAUGAUUUGCCAACGUUGACAAGAGGCCAAAACUUUGCUUCGGAAAACGAAAGAAAACGAAAUCAAAGAAUCGGACGAUUGUGGAAUUGUGGGGAUCACAUCUGUGCGUGCAGGAAAAGCAAACGAGCCGUCUUUGAAGGGGGCUGUUGAGAUGCAAAGUUGGAGAGUCCCUCGUUUCUGUAUAGGUAGGUCCUCGACUUAUAACCACAAUUGGAAACAGGAUUUCUGUUGCUAAGCAAGCUGCUUAAGUGAGUGCUUAGGCAAUUCAGUGAAGCGCUGCCUAAUCUCUAGGAUGCUUCAUCAAAUAUACUCCUUGUACACAACAAUGUGGAGUCACAACUAUCAGUUCUUUAGCUGGUUGGUGUUGGCCUUCCUAGGCAUCGAGUUCCUCCCAAGAACCUAACAUGUGAUAUAUCAGUGUUUAUCUAGAUAUUAUGUGUGCACAUAGGUGUAUAUAUGAUAUGCACGUGUACCAGUAUAUGUAUAAAAUGUACUUAUGUACAAAAUAAAUAUGUAUAUGU